AUGUUCGAAGAUGACUUAGAUAUCGAUCAGGAAUUCGAAACCUCACAACCUGCUGCCAAGUAUGAUUGUCCACCCUCACGGGCCUCACCUACUCUGGGCGACAAUGAGUAUUUUGAUCGCGAGGCAGACACUGAUAUCAUCAUGGGCAUGGAUGAGGAUCCUGUUGACAGAGACUUUUAUGUUGACGAGGAUGUUUGUGUUGACGGAGACCCCAUCCUUCGACAGAAUUUUGGCAUGCAUCAAAGCAACGGAGAAUACCCUUCCCGACCUGAUUCCCCUCCUCUACACUUUCCAGCAUCUGAUGAUGAGUCUCUCGACAAUCAAAGUAUACUUUCUCUCGAUCUCGGCACUUCUGCUAUCACACAUGACGAGCAUCACGAAUGGGUUAGUACAGGUGAAGAUAUUGAGGGAGGUGACGAGCACGUUUGGGACCCAGAGGUGGAUCCUGAAUACUUAUCAAACGAUGCUGUCCUCGAGGAUGGCCUUGCACAAGAAGACCAGAGCGAGCUGGAGGAUAUCCUCCCACAUGCAUUAUCAGAACAUCCAGCUCUUCUCAAUGGUUACUUGACUGUGUUUGUCAAUGCUGCAUACCGACAUGCAACACAUGCAGACUCCAUCUGGAAAAAGCAAUUCGGGUCGUAG